AUACUGGAUUUUUUCAUUAGUCGUAUCACGACAACUGCGGCCGUCGGACAAGAAUCGAAGAAAUGAGUUGGACACGGGGAUUUACACUUGUGGUUGCGGCAUUUGCCUUGGUCAGUGCCGACACAGCGACUAAGGACGAAACGAUUUUCGAGCGUACCUUUAGACAGUUGCAUCAGGAACCGCCACCACCAGAGCCGGCGUCGCGCAAUCGCGCCAAUACACAGUACUUGGAGAUCGAACAAAAGUUGGAUAAUUUCAAUGAGACCGAAACACGUACAUGGCAAAUGCGCUACAUAUCGAAUGAUGAAUUCUACCAAGAAGGCAGUCCCUUCUUCAUAUUCGUCGGUGGCGAAUGGGAAAUCUCCACAGGUUAUGUCACCGGUGGACAUUUCUAUGAUGUGGCCAAGGAGCAUAACGGUUAUCUAUUCUAUACCGAACACCGUUACUACGGUAAAAGCUGGCCGACAAGCAAUAUGGACAACGAGAACAUCAGAUAUCUAGACGUACGUCAAGCCUUGGCUGAUUUGGCGCAUUUCAUUAAGCAUAUGCGUGCAACCAUACCUGGCGCCACCAAUGCAAAGGUUAUACUCGCCGGUGGCUCAUAUUCCGCAACAAUGGUGACAUGGUUCAAGAAAUUGUAUCCCGAGUUGGCGACUGGUGCUUGGGCUUCGAGUGCGCCACUCUUUGCUAAGGUCAACUUUUACGAAUACAAAGAGGUUACCGGCCAGUCUAUACGCUUAGUCGGUGGCGAAGACUGCUAUAACCGUAUUGAAAAUGGUAUUGCCGAAAUGGAGAGAUUGCUCGCUAACAAGCGUGGUGCCGAAGUCAAAUCAAUGCUGAAACUUUGCGACGCCUUCGAUGAGUACAACGAUUUGGAUUUGUGGACAUUAUUCAGUGAGAUCUCCGACAUCUUUGCGGGAGUUGUGCAGACACAUAACGCUGGCCAAAUUGAAAGAGUCUGCAGUAAAAUCAUGGAAGGUGAAAGCGACAUUAGCGGCGUUGCCAGCUAUUUAUUAACAGAAUUCGGUAGUGCCCCUUGCAACCAACUAACCUACAAAGCCAUUAUAGCCAGCAUGAUGGACUCCACCUUCAGUAAAAACAUAAUGCGUCAGUGGAUUUAUCAAACCUGCAAUGAGUUCGGCUGGUAUCAGACGUCCAGCUCCAGCAAACAACCCUUCGGCACUAAAUUCCCUGUGUACCUCUACCUGCAAAUGUGUGAGGACAUCUAUGGUGAGCGCUUCACCAUCGAAUACGUAAUCGAACAGGUGGCGGCCACCAAUAAACUUUUCGGUGGAUUGCAACCAAAUGUGGAGAACGUAUACUUUACUCACGGUCAACUAGAUCCAUGGCGUUCAAUGGGCCUACAGAAUGAGACCGAGGCAACGGUUGUACCGCUCUAUGCUCACUGCAAAGAUUUUGGCUCGAUCAGCGAGCGGGAUAGCGCCGAAAUGCGUGCGUCAAAAGAAAAAUUCGCACAAUUGGUGCGCGAAUGGAUCGGCAGCAGCGAUAACGGUAGCGAUACCGUGGCCAAUAAAGCGAAGAACUUUCUAAGCAAAUUACGUAAUUAAUUGUAGUAUUGUAAACAUAUUGUUAGUUAAUGGAUUGAUUGAAUGUCGGUAAACGAAUGCGACGCCUGUCAAUAAAAUUAAAAAAAUGCAAUAAAACUUUUAAGAUUUA